AUGUCCUCCGUCGAGCAACCACCAACAGCCGGGCCCAGCGCUCCCAGCACCGCACCUGCCCCCGACCCCGCAGCGGAAGCUCGUGCGGAGGCUCGUGCCGCCCGUAUCGCCGCCGCCGUCGAGCGUGGCAAGACCGAAUACCAGUCCCAGCACGCCCACACUGAGCGCGGGUGGUUUCUCGAUGCCGACCUCGCUGGGCCUAGCAAGAAGGACCGCCAGGCCGUCGAGUACGCGUCUACGCUGCGCGUCCUCGCCAACGACCCCGAAGAAGCCGCCCGCGCCGUCGCCGACAUCCGUGCUUGUGCGGGGCCAAAGCUGGCGUCCCUCGCGCGUGAUCUGCUCACCACCGGCGUGCGCGCUGCAGUGAUUGCCAAGGACAAGGAGGCCGCUGUGGAGUUUGCGCGCGCGUCAAAGAAGCACUGGGCUGCCAACCCUGGUCUGGCUGUCGAGUGUUCCAACGCCUUUGCGUUUGCCGGAGAGGGUACAGAGUCGACACACCCCCUACUGGCUUCCUUUGGACAAGGUGUCCACUACCCCGUCCUCGCCGCCCUCGACGAGCGCUUAGGCGCCGCGUCUGCCACCGAGGAGGCUGUCCGCGCCCUCGCCGAAGUCGUCCACGCCCUCGCCAUGUCGCGCGCCUGGGCAUUCUCCCGUCCCCUGUACAGCACCGACAAGUCUACUCGUUCAAGUGGGAUUUUACACGGAUCCAGCGCACUCCGCGACACACUUUUCAGCAUCGACAGGACGGCCCUCCGCCAGGCCCUCGGUGUGGACCCCAGUACGCUCAACGGUGCUCUUGCCAGGCUGGGACGCGCGCUCGGGGGCAGCGAGGAGAACGAGCCUGCUCCAGGCGAGCGUGUGGAGCGCGGUGUGCGCGAGCUGUGA